AUGGCUUCAAGACCGGGCAUUCUCACCGAAUGGCCAUGGCACCGGCUUGGGAACUUCAAGUAUGUGAUAAUGGCCCCUUGGGUGCUGCAUGGCUUGCACAUGAUGGCGACCAAGGGAUGGAGGGAGACGGACUUGAGCUAUCUUACCAUCUUCCCUUCUUUGCUGCUGAGGAUGCUUCACAACCAGGUGUGGAUAAGCUUGGCUCGCUUCCAGAAUGCCCGGAGCAAGCACCGGAUCGUCGACAAGAGCAUUGAGUUCGAGCAGGUUGACAGGGAGAGAAAUUGGGAUGAUCAAAUCCUUCUCUAUGGGUGGUUGCUCUAUUUGGGCCACACUUUCAUUCCGGGGGCACAAAACGCGCCGUUGUGGAGAACGGACGGAGCGGUGAUUGCUGUUUUGCUUCACAUGGGCCCCGUGGAGUUCCUCUACUACUGGUUCCACAGGGCACUCCACCACCACUUUCUCUACUCUCGCUACCACUCCCACCACCACGCCUCCAUUGUCACCGAGCCCAUCACAUCUGUCAUUCAUCCAUUUGCAGAGCAUGUGGCUUAUGCCUUGUUGUUUUCUAUUCCGAUAUUGGCAACAGCUUUUACCGGAACAGCCUCCAUUCUGGCAACGUUGGGCUACAUUGUAUAUGUUGAUUUCAUGAACAAUUUGGGGCACUGCAAUUUCGAGCUGGUUCCACAGUGGUUGUUCCGUGCCUUCCCACCACUGAAGUACCUCAUGUACACGCCCUCGUUUCAUUCUCUUCAUCAUACACAGUUUCGGACAAAUUAUUCUUUGUUCAUGCCAUUUUAUGACUACAUGUACGAUACAUUAGACAAGUCAUCAGAUGAUCUAUAUGAGAGAAAACUGAAAGGAGUAGAGGAAACACUAGAUGUUGUUCACCUUAGUCAUCCUACUGCCUUGCAAUCAAUUUAUCAUCUGCGGCUUGGGUUUCCCUCCUUAGCUUCUAAACCAUACAAAUCCAAGUGGUAUAUGUUGAUGAUGUGGCCCAUUACAUGGGUGUCCAUGGUACUGGCAUGGAUAUAUGGGUCUUCCUUCACGGUGGAGAGAAAUAGCUUGAAGAAACUAAGGAUGCAAACAUGGGCGAUACCGAGAUAUAAUUUCCAAUAUGGCUUAUCACGGGAGAGACGGGCAAUCAAUGAUUUAAUUGAAAAGGCAAUUUUAGAGGCUGACAAGAAAGGAGUUAAAGUUCUAAGUUUAGGACUUCUAAAUCAGGCAAAAGAACUCAAUGGAGGUGGUGAACUCUAUAUACAGAAGUAUCCGGAAUUAAAAGUAAGAAUUGUGGAUGGAAGUAGCUUAGCAGCUGCAGUGGUUCUUAAUAGUGUUCCUGCAGGAACAAAACAAAUUCUCCUUACUGGAAAUGUUUCUAAGGUAGCCCGUGCCAUAGCCUUCACAUUAUGCAACAGGGGCAUUCAGGUGAUGAUGACAAAAAAGCAAGAGUUCCAUAUCCUGAAGUUACAAAUGCCAGAAAGUACAGCGAGUUACCUGACACUUUCAAACACCUACAGUCCUCAGGUGUGGAUAGUAGGAGAUGGACUGGAUGAUACAGAACAGAGAAGGGCACCAACAGGCACCCGGUUCAUUCCUUUUUCACAAUUUCCUCCAAAGAAGUUAAAUAAGGAUUGCACUUAUAACACCACUCCAGCAAUGAAGAUCCCAGAGACCUUGGAGAACAUGCAUUCUUGUGAGAACUGGUUACCAAGAAGGGUGAUGAGUGCAUGGCGUAUUGCUGGAAUAGUUCAUGCAUUAGAGGGAUGGAGUGCGCAUGAGUGUGGAGAAACAAUGCUAGAUAUUGAGAAAAUAUGGUCUGCUACACUCCAUCAUGGAUUCCUUCCAUUAACACAAGUGUGAUCAGCUAUGUCCUGUAAGAUAUGCCGUUGUAUGUACUAAGUGAUGUAUGCAAUGUUAGUAUGAACUUUAAUGUUAAGAUUAGAUAAGUACUCAGAAUCA